ACGGUUCACUGUUGUCAAUCGGCACUCAGCACUCGUUAUUGCCCCGUUACGGACGUCGACCGAUCGUUUCGUCCCAGUCCGCACGCUGCACCAAAGUGCAUUGGUAUUAUAGUAGUCCCAGCUCGUGUCCCGUUCCGUCUCUCGUCCGUCCCGUCAUGGAACCGGUGCUAGUGCAGACCAAGCCGUACGAAGGCCAAAAGCCCGGAACCAGCGGCCUGCGCAAGGCCGUCAAAGUAUUCCAGCAGCCCAACUACACGGAGAACUUCGUGCAGGCCGUGCUCGGCGCCGUCCAACCGUCGGCUACCGGCAGCACCUUGGUGGUCGGCGGCGACGGCCGGUUCUUCUGCACGGAAGCCGUGGACGUGAUAAUUAAAAUCGCCGCUGCCAACGGGGUAAAGAAAUUGAUUGUUGGACACAAAGGAAUUCUGUCAACACCAGCUGUGUCCUGCAUCAUUCGAAAAUAUAAAGCAACCGGUGGCAUAGUACUUACAGCUAGUCAUAACCCAGGAGGUCCUGAUAAUGAUUUUGGUAUUAAAUACAACACAGCCAAUGGAGGUCCUGCUCCAGAAUCUGUUACAGAUGCCAUCUAUGAGCUAACCAAAACUAUCACUUCUUAUAGUAUUGUACCAGAUUUGAAAUGCUCUAUAAAUUAUUGUGGCUUACAAUAUUUCCAAGUUAGUGGCAAAGAAUUUGAAAUAGAAGUCAUUGACUCUGUUGUAGAUUACCUUCAGUUGAUGAAAAGUAUUUUUGAUUUUGAUGUUAUUCGCAAGUUAAUCCAAGGGUCCAAUAAUAAAGCUCCUUUUAAUAUUCUUAUUGAUUCAAUGAAUGGAGUAACUGGACCUUAUGUAAAGAAGAUUUUUAUUGAAGAAUUAUGUGCGCCAUCAAAUAAUGCUAUCAAUGUGAUACCUUUAACUGACUUUGGUGGAAUUCAUCCGGACCCUAAUCUCACUUAUGCUUCUGGCCUUGUAAAAUCAUUACAAGAAGGAGAGUAUGAUCUUGGUGCUGCUUUUGAUGGAGAUGGUGAUCGUAAUAUGAUUCUUGGUAAAAAGGCAUUUUUCAUCAACCCAAGUGAUUCAUUAGCUGUUUUAGCAAAUAAUCUGGAAUGUAUCCCUUACUUUAAAGUAAAUGGUAUUAGAGGAUUUGCCAGAAGUAUGCCAACAGGUGCAGCUGUGGAUAGGGUGGCAGCAAAACUAGGAAAAGAAAUUUUUGAAGUGCCUACAGGUUGGAAAUUUUUUGGAAAUUUAAUGGAUGCAGGUCGUUUGUCACUCUGUGGUGAAGAAAGCUUUGGAACUGGUUCUGAUCAUAUUCGUGAAAAAGAUGGUAUAUGGGCUGUUCUGGCAUGGUUGUCAGUGUUGGCCAAUACUGGAGAGUCUGUAGAGACGAUACUUACUAAUCAUUGGAAAACUUUUGGACGUAAUUACUUCACCAGAUAUGAUUAUGAAAAUUGUGAUUCUGAACCAUCUAACCAACUUAUGUCAGAUUUGGAAAAAAAAGUUACCGAUCCUGCAAUUAAGGGCCAGAAAUUUAUUUAUGGUUCAAAGGUUUAUAUAUUUAAACAAGCUGAUAAUUUUGAAUAUUGUGAUCCUAUUGAUAAGAGUGUCACUAAAAAACAGGGUAUAAGAGUGUUAUUUGAAGAUGGGUCCAGAUUUGUGUUUCGAUUAAGUGGUACUGGCAGUAGUGGUGCUACUAUUCGUUUAUAUGCUGAAUCAUAUGAACCGCCAACAUCAAAUAUUUUAGAAGACGCUCAAGUGGCUCUUAAUCCUCUUGUCCAAAUAGCAUUGGAGAUUUCUAAACUGGUACAAUUUACUGGACGUACUUCUCCAACUGUCAUUACGUAAGGACCCUGUGUUUCUUUAUUCGGAAUGAAUUAUUUAGUUUUCUUCAAAAAUGUUCUUGUUAAAAGUUCUGUGAUUUUUAAAUGUAGUUUACUAAAAUAAUUUGUUAGUUAAUAUAUAUAGUAGUUAUCUAUUUAAAUAACAUUAUGAUUAAAGUAAUUUCUAUUUUAAAAUAAUUGAAUAGUAAAUACCUACUUAAUAAAAAUACAUUAUAUUUAUAUAAUAUAUAUACAUAAUUUAUAAAAUUAUGAAUUAUUUAAGAAAAAAUAUUCAUACAAAUUUAAAUGUAUUACUGUUAAAAACAAUGAUAAUUUUGAUCAAUAAAAGUUUUAAAUAUCCUUUUCCUUACCCAAUA